CGACACACUCUCUUUCCCCGGCCACAAAUCAACCGUGAGUGUUUAACUCACUGUUAUCGGGAAAAAAAAAACUUAAAAUAAAAACAAUAUAAAAACAAUAAAAGCUAUAAAACAUUAUAAAAACGAGUACAAUAAUAUUGAAAUUUAAACUUUUAAAAAAAUAGCAAAAUAUUAAUUAAAAAUAUAAACAAGAGGCCUCGGGGUUUAACCGAAGGAGGAUUUUUUUUGGUACAUUUUUUGGGUUUCUCACUCAGAGAUCUGUCCGCACCGAGCGCGUCUUGACCCGCAUUCAAACCGGAUUGCAGUUUUUUUCGGCUUUGGCAGAUUUUCUUUUCUUUUUGGAAGUUUGGGAAAUGAACACAGCGACCGGGAGUUAUCCGAUGGCUUCUCUCUACGUUGGUGACCUGCACCCUGACAUCACGGAGGCUAUGCUGUAUGAGAAAUUCAGCCCCGCCGGACCGGUGCUCUCCAUUCGGGUAUGCAGAGACAUGAUCACCCGGCGGUCCCUCGGAUACGCCUAUGUCAACUUCUCCCAGCCCGCUGACGCUGAGAGAGCCUUGGACACCAUGAACUUUGACGUGGUGAAAGGGAAACCAAUCAGAAUUAUGUGGUCUCAAAGAGACCCCUCCCUCAGGAAGUCUGGUGUGGGCAAUGUAUUUAUCAAGAACCUUGAUAAGUCCAUCGACAACAAAGCCCUGUACGACACUUUCUCUGCUUUUGGCAAUAUCCUAUCCUGUAAGGUGGUGUGCGAUGAAAAUGGCUCCAAGGGCUACGCCUUUGUUCAUUUCGAGACCCAAGAUGCAGCCGAUCGCGCCAUUGAGAAAAUGAACGGCAUGCUUCUAAAUGACCGCAAGGUGUUUGUGGGCCGUUUCAAAUCUCGGAAGGAACGGGAGGCUGAACUCGGUGCCAAAGCCAAGGAGUUUACCAAUGUCUACAUCAAGAACUUUGGAGACGAGAUGGAAGAUGAACAGCUGAAGGAGAUGUUUGAAAAAUAUGGUAAAACUCUCAGUGUGAAGGUGAUGACAGACUCCAGUGGCAAAUCCAGAGGGUUUGGAUUUGUCAGCUUUGAGAAACACGAGGAUGCUAACAAGGCUGUAGAAGAGAUAAACGGCACAGAGCUCAACGGCAAGACCGUGUUCGUGGGCAGAGCUCAGAAGAAAAUGGAACGACAGGCGGAGCUGAAAAGGAAGUUUGAGCUGUUGAAACAAGAAAGAAUCAGUCGUUAUCAGGGAGUUAAUCUUUACAUCAAAAACCUUGAUGACACAAUCGAUGAUGAGAAACUGCGUAAGGAAUUCUCUCCAUUUGGGUCCAUUACAAGCGCGAAGGUGAUGCUAGAAGACGGUCGUUCGAAGGGUUUCGGUUUUGUCUGCUUCUCCUCCCCUGAAGAAGCCACCAAAGCUGUAACUGAGAUGAAUGGACGUAUUGUUGGCUCCAAACCGCUCUAUGUGGCUCUGGCUCAGCGUAAAGAAGAGCGCAAGGCCCACCUCACGAACCAGUACAUGCAGCGUAUAGCUGGCAUGAGGGCCAUGCCUCCAAAUGCCAUCAUUAAUCAAUUCCAGCCAACAUCUGGCUACUUCAUGCCAGCUGUGCCACAGGCCCAGAACAGAACGACAUACUAUGCACCCAAUCAGCUGGCCCAGAUGCGACCCAACCCCCGAUGGCAGCAACAAGGUGGAAGAGGUCAAGGUGGUUUCCAGGGCAUGCCCAGCUCGCUGCGUCAGCCAGGACCUCGCGGCAACAUGAGGCACAUGUCUCCCAGCGGCGGCUCUCAGGGCCCAAGAGCAUCCGGGCAGUCCAUGGCCCCUCGUCCAUCAAUGGGAGUACCUGGUCCCCGAACUAUGUCUCCUUACAAAUACGCCACCAGUGUCCGCAACCCAAAUCCCCAGGUGGUGCAGCCUAUUGCCCUACAGCAGGCUCAGCCUGCUGUCCACAUUCAGGGCCAAGAGCCACUUACAGCCUCUAUGCUCGCUGCUGCACCCCCUCAAGAGCAGAAGCAGAUGCUUGGGGAGCGUCUCUUCCCACUGAUCCAGGCAAUGCACGCCAACCUGGCAGGAAAGAUAACCGGCAUGCUGCUGGAGAUCGACAACUCUGAGCUGCUGCACAUGCUGGAGUCCCACGAAUCCCUGCAAUCAAAGGUGGAGGAAGCUGUUGCUGUGCUGCAAGCUCACCAAGCCAAAAAAGAUGCAACCCAGAAAGUGGCAGGCAUGGUUACUGCCACUGCUGCUGCUUCUGCUAAUUCCUGAAGACCGGAUGGCGUAAACACCUGGUUAACAAAGGUAAACGAGCUGAGGUGAACAGGAACACACUACAAAAUCCUUCAAACAUGAUGAAAACCAAGGAAAAUACUUUCAAUUUUGCAAAGUACUUGAAUAUUUUAAAAAUCCUUAAAGUGGAUCAUUUUGUAACUCCAUAAUAAUUUUUAACUGAAUACCAAGAUCAGAAUGCAAAUUUAUCUUGAAUACAAACUCUCUUUCAGUGGCAAAAGAGGGACGUCAUUUUCAUUAAAAAAACCAAACUGAUAGGAAAGCCUUGAAGUUUGCCUUUGCUUGAAAGCUUCACAUUUGACUAAACUGAUGGGACUCAGUCCUAUCAUGUUAAUGAGUGUGUGGUAUUCUCAAUAAACAUGUUAUAUAUUGGG